AUGAUGAAUUCUAAUCCAUUGUUUGCUGUUUAUGAUUACAAAAUCAAUUUUGAUAUAAUGCUAGGAAAAGGGUGUUAGGGUUAAAUAUAUUAAUGUUAAAAAAUAAGCACAUAAGAGGAAAUAGUAGCUAAGGUAACUAAAGUAAAUUUUUUAAAUGCGAAUACGAUUGAGAGAGAAAUAGCGAUUGUUAACAAAAUUAAAUAAUAAUAAAAUGUGUAGAACUUAGUAAAAAUGUACGAUAUUGUGCUAGAUGAAUAUAAUGGUGAAAAAAUACUUGUGGAAUUUAUGGAGAAGUGCGAUUCUGAUUUAGGAAAGUUAAUUAAAGAAUACUAAUAAAACAAUAGAUCUUUUACAUUUUAACAAGUCAUAGAUUUUGCAGGCUAAAUCAUUCGAGGUUAUACUCAUCUCAAUAAAUCAAAUAUAAUCCAUAGAGAUAUAAAACCAGAAAAUAUUUUGAUUACUAAAAUUGGGGAUAAUCUUGAAUUAAAGAUUACUGAUUUUGGUGUUGGAAAAGUAUUAACAAAUGAUUAUGCUAUUACAAAUACUGGAACACCAAUAUAUUCUGCACCAGAACUAACUUGCAGCGAUUAAGCAUAUACUAGCAAAGCAGAUAUUUUCUCAUUAGGAGUAAUUUUAUAUUAACUCACAUACAAUACGCUUCCUUUUAAAGUAAGUGGAAAGUCUGUAUAAAUUGUGAAAUAAUCUCUUAAAACUUAACCAAUUAUCUGCCAAAAUAAAGAGGGGUUUGAGGCUUAAUUUUUGGAUUUAAUAGAUAGAAUGCUACGAUUUUCCCCACAUGAUAGAAUUAAUUGGGAUCAAUUAGAAAAUCAUGAAUAUUUCAGAAACUACUUUCCAGAAAAUUGUAGUUAAAAUAAUUUAAAGCAAAUUAAAUAAUUACAUGAAUACAUGAUUGCAGUUUAUUAUUAAACAUCGAAAAUAAUAUAGAUUGUGGGAAAUCUUCCAAAAGAGUUUAAAUGGUAAAAUUUAGCUAUAAAUCUAACUAAAUACAUUUUAAUUAAUUUCUAAAAUGAACUUAUACAAAUCAUCCUUUCAAUUAAAAAUAAUAAAUCUGAAUUUAAUAAAUCAAUAGUAACAGUUUCUCAACAAUAAGUUGAUUAAAAAGAGAUUCAGUAAGCAUUAGAUAAAAAUAAUAUUUUAGACUGUUAAACUAAUAAUGAUGAAUUGAUAAAGUAAUUGAAGUAGGAGAUUGAAGAUUCUAUACCUAAUUUGGAAGAUAUUUUUUUCUAAGACUUUUACAAAUCAUUAAUUAACAUACCAGUAGAUGAAAGUAUAUUUGAUUUUUGGCAUUUGAAAUUUUAAAUUGUUUAUAAAACCUAAAUACGAUAGUGGUUAAGUAAAUAUUUGGUUCAAAAAUAAGUAACUAUUACAUAUGCAUACCUGUUAGAAAAGUUUUCUUACUUAUUAGUUGAAUAUCCUAAGACUUCCUAUAACAAUUUUCAAUAUAAUUAAAUUCAUUCAAAAAUUAUUUAAUAAGAUACCGCUCUAGAGUAUUUAAAGCAAAAGCAAUUAAUUUGA